GCUUUUUGGGCAUGCCAGCGCUUGGGAGAAGGCGGGCUUUGGCGCUGAGUGACAAGAAGAUGGGCCAACCAGGAGGUUUCCUGGGAGUUACCUGCGGGCCAGCUGCAGGUGUGGUUUGAGUUUCAAUUGUGAUUGUCUCGGAAGAGAAAUCUAUUCGGAAGAGAGGAGUGGCUGAGAGGGAGCGAAGAGGAUUUCGGUCAUGGAGCCGAUCUCGACGUGGACUCCUAAGAUGGUGGUGGCUUGGCUGACAGGCUUGGAUCCGGUAUUGCAAGAUUACCCAUUGGAGACGUGGCGCUUGAGUGGAAAGCAACUCCUUCGCCUGUCCUAUCGGGACUUGGAGGAUUUGGGCGUGAGUCGUAUUGGCCAUCAGGAACUGCUUCUGGAAGCUGUGGAACAGCUCUGUGUGUUGAACUAUGAGCUGGAGACAUCGAACCUACGAACACUCACUGAGAAGCUACAAGGAGUCGUUCAGACCAUUUUGGCAUUCAUCCUGAGCCACAGGAAGGUGACCACCUACAAUGGAAACAUGGUGGAGAAGCCCUCCACGGAGCUGCUGGCCUGCAUUGUGGAGCUGAUUGGAGCAGCAAAGGGCCUGUUCCUAUGGCUCAACAGGUAUCUUUUUUCCCACCUGAAUGAUUAUUCAGCUAGCUGGGACAUAAUCUGGCUUUGUGGAGAUCUGGCAAAGGUCAUGCAGGAGGAUUGCACAGUCUUUGAACGAGAAGAACAGAUAUUAUUGAUCAGCAAGCACAUAUCAGGGAUCUGUGAACAAAUCUUGAAUUACAGUCCGGCCAACCUUCUGAAUCAAACUGCCAUCUUGGAGACAGUGACGCUUGUACAAGUAGGACCAGAAGACAGCUUGGGUAUUGAGAUCAAAUCCUCUCCAUCCUGUCUCCAUUUCAUAUCAGGGACUGCCCCAGAGUCCCCAGCUGAGCACUACGACAGGGUCCUCCCAGGGGAUGAGAUAGUCCAAGUUAACGACCAGGUGGUGGUGGGUUGGACUCGGAUGAAUCUGGUGAAGAAGCUGCUUGAGACACCUAGUCGGGUGACUUUGGUGCUGAAGAAAAUCCCGCUCGGUCCAUCCACUCCCUGCUCCCCUGCAUCUCCUCAGCCUCAGCCGGAAGACUGCUUCUCAGAUACCACAGAAUCCCUAAGCUUGAGGAGUGAUGAGUCUCCAACCAGCUCUGUUUCCCUGUCUUCCAGAAGCAUGGCUGCUGAACUGGAAGAGAGUGAUGUGGCAUUAGACUUCCCUGCUGCAGAAGAAGAGCAGGAGGGAAUGGCUUCAGGUCACAUAGUUGAAGAGAAACUUCCUGAUACAGGAGCAACCAUAGACCCUAUACUGGAAGACCAGAGUCCCAGGACAGACUCCAAGGAACACAAAAAAACCCCAGAUGCUGCCACACCUACCAAACCCAGUACCCUGGAGCUUAGAUCUCUGGAAUCUACAAACCCUGGGAAUGGAUUUAUCAGGGGAAGUACAGGUGUGGGAUCUGCUGGUUCAUCCAGAGAGGGUGUGAUUGAAUAUCGACGGUAUCAAAAAAGAAUGGCUACCCGGCUGAGCCGACGACGGAUCUCCUGUCAGGAUCUGGGGCAGGUGGAUUGCGAUGGUUGGCUCCUGAAGAAGAAAGACCAUGUGGGCUUCAUGGCCCAGAAAUGGAAGCGGUUCUGGUUUGUGCUGAAAGGACAAACCCUCUACUGGUACAGCAGUCCCAAUGACGACUUGCAGGGCCCUGAUCUCAACACACCCCACCAUGUCCCAAGUGCUGCACUGCAGAGCAGGAAAAAGAAAUAUGUUUUCCAGCUCACACAUGAGAAGUACAAGCCCUUCAUCUUUGCAGCAGAAACGUUGGCUGACCUAAGCAAGUGGGUUAGUAGUUUAAUAACAUCAAUGAUGAAGUACCUGCCGGUCUCUAAACCUGGUCCUCAUAACGAAGAAGAUUGCUACAGUGAAACGGAAGCAGAAGAUCAUGAAGAUGACUCGCCAAGACCUGGCUUUGAUGGGCUGAAACAGAGGGAAUUGGAAAGAGACCAACUGCUAACAGGGAGCUUUGAAUCCCCAAGAGGAAGUCCCCUUGGCAGCCCACUCUCAAGGCAAAAAGCAAAUGGGAGUCCAACAUCUUCUUCCCCAGACCCUGCAGAAGAAGAGCUCAAGUCCCUGAUCAAGUGUUUGAAGCAAGGGGGCGUCUCUCUCAUUGGCAAGCAGCAAACAUUCACCCGUGAGCAGUACCGGAAAUCUUUCAUCAAACGUAACAAGAACCCCGAGAUAAAUGAGAAGGUGCAUCUCAUCCGGACCCUUCAAAGUACACUCAAGGCAAAAACUGCUGAACUCCAAGUUCUUGAUACUCUCCUGGAUGACUGUGAACUGACCUCUGAGAAAUUCAGGCACUGGAAAGUACAAAAUCAGGAACUAUAUCAGGAAAUACAAGCAUGGUGGGCCCCAAUGGUCAGCUAUGAAAAUGGCGCCAGAACAGACACUUCCUCGACUAUCAGCUCCAAAGAUGCUGUGGUUACUUUGUAAACUAUAUUUUCAGGACAGUUGUACUUUGGGGGAUAAAGAAUCCUUCCCCACAAAGCUCCAGAAGGGUCUACCUCAAUCUAGAGAGGAAAUUGAAUGUCAAAGAACCACAUUCCAUCCGAGAGGAAGAAAAUUUUUGUUCACUCCAUCAUGGACUUCUUCGGUUUCUUAAAGGGAAGGCAGGGACAUCUUGAUGGCAUGAGAGGAAAAGUGGGUGGGAAGAGAAAGAGAAGGCUCCUCUAUAUGGAUCAACAGGCCAGUUAAAAUUGGUGACGUUCACACAUGAAGUUGCCUGAUGUCAAGUGAGGCCAUUGCUCUGUCAAGGUCAGCAUUGUCUACUCUGACCGGCAGUGGCUCUCUAGCAUGUUAGGCAGAGAGGUCUUUCACACGUCACCUGCUUCCUGAUCCUUUUGACUGGAGAUAUCAAGGACUGAACCUGGGACUGUCCACAUGUAAACAAGAUGCUCUAUUGCUAAGCCACAGCCCUUCUCUGCAAGUUGACUCGCAACUAGUUCUUCCUUCUUCAGCGUUCCUAAUUCCCCUUGUGUGUUUCAAGCUGAAACUUUUCCUUAGAAGUACUUGGUUACCAAAGACCUAAAAAGUAAAUUGAAGUUUAAAAUUUGAAGUGAUGAUAGUUGCUUCAGGGGCCAGUUUUAAUAGGGGCAAGAGUAAAAACAUAGACAUAAACUUAUUUCUUGGGAAUUAUGCUUAAAAUGUAUGUAUUUAAAAGUCAUAAUGAAAGGCCUGUUAGAGCAAACAGGUUGUGGUGUUUGAAGUUUUGGAUAGGACACAUCCCUGGUCUUUCGACUGUGCUCAGCUGACUGAAUUUUGAAUUCUUAAUUCUUAAUGUUUGCUACAAUAUUCACUUGGUGAGUUAGGGUCCAGUUGUAUCUUCUUCAAUCGACAAAACGAAAGAGGACACCUUUGAAUGAAAUUUUUGGUCUUUGCUGCUACCUGAGGUUCCGGGAUAGAGUCCAGGGAGUUAACACUGAAUGUUCUUCUUAUGAUGCAAGUGCUCUCCCACACAGCCUUGGAUUCUUGGCAGUUUCCGGUUGGGUGUCUUUAAAAAAAUCUACUUUUGUCUUUCAAUUAUUAGGUGCCCUACUAUUAUGUAGACAGCUGAUAAUCUGUGUCUUCCAUAGAUGAACUGUAUGUGGUAAAUUUUUUAGUGAGUAUUUAUAAGUAUACGGUACUGAUACUUUAUGUUAACAUUACAUGGUGUAGUGGCUGGUGGGUCAGACUAGGAUCUGGGAUAUCCAGGUCUGAAUCUCUGGUCUGCCGUGGAAGCUUGCUAGGUGACUUUGGGCCAGUCACUUAUUCUCAGCAUAACCUACCUCACAAACUUGUUGUGAGAAUAAAAUAGAGGAUAAAACUACUUUGGUUCCCCAUUAAGGAAAGAGUGUACAAAUGAAGUAAGUAAAAAAGGGAACACAAAGGAAAAUGAAAAUAACCAGCUUAUGUAAGUGGAUCCUCAACAAGUUUGCUCUCUUGUGUGGCUGAUAUGUUUCCUGGGUCUGUUUGCUUUCCCCCCCACUGCUGCCUUUUGUCCAUUUCCCUGGAGACCCUCACAGGUAUCAUAUUUGAGUCUGGAGAGAGCACCUCUUUUAAAAUAUAGCCUCCCCAUCCCAGUCACAGAAAAAUGCUAGGUAUCUACCUGAGUUUUGCAAUUGCCCCUCACAGCAUUCAUUUUGUGAUUGGACCUGUUUCCAAUGACAGCCAUUUUAUAGUGACACUGACCACAACUUUCUCAAAAUUUCAGAAGUGCCUACACAGAUUCAACAUGGUUGAAGAUGCUAGUAAGACAUAAAUGAAAACAAGAUAUUCCCUUGUUGCCUUUUUACACUUUUAGUGAGAUUGAAGACAGAAAAGCAUGGCCAUGCUCUGUCUACCUAGAUGACUCCAAGGCCUGAACUGAUGACCUUAAAGAUAUAGCACAAAGUGACAGGAUAUGAGCUGAUGUCAGCUCUUGCUUUUUAGCUGUUUGACUCAAUGAUUGUAUUACUUUAAUUUUGAAGUGAAUUGUAUUUUUAUAUUAGCCACUUUGUAGACCUAGAAUUAACAAGUUGGUUGUAAAUAAAAAAUAUUUUGUAAAAGUUA